GGGUUUCCGCAGGGGCCGGAGGGCAGGCGGGGAUGUCACGUGCUCAAGGCCCCGGGGGCCGGUUGGUCAGUGGGCCGGGAGGGACCACUCUGCCGGCCAGAAACAAGGGUCCGGUAGAAGUUGACGGUUACGGAGAAUUCAGGGUGACGACCCUGUGAGAAGAGCCCGCCAGGGAAAGCCCCAGAGGCGGGUGGCCGACGCUGAGCCCUCCCUGCCACGCAGUGACCCAGGGCGCGCGGGUGGAGCCCCUGAUCCCGGGUCCGGUCCUGGGGCGCGGUGCUCCGGCUGGGGAUGAGCUCCCCGCCACCCGCCCGCAAGGGCUUUUACCGCCAGGAGGUGACCAAAACGGCCUGGGAGGUGCGCGCCGUGUACCAGGACCUGCAGCCCGUUGGCUCUGGUGCCUAUGGUGCAGUGUGCUCUGCGGUAGACAGCCGCACCGGCACCAAGGUGGCAAUCAAGAAGUUGUACCGGCCCUUCCAAUCGGAGCUGUUUGCCAAGCGCGCCUACAGAGAGCUGCGCCUCCUCAAACACAUGCGCCACGAGAACGUCAUCGGGCUACUGGACGUGUUUACUCCUGAUGAGACCCUGGAUGACUUCACAGACUUCUACCUGGUGAUGCCAUUCAUGGGCACUGAUCUGGGCAAGCUCAUGAAGCAUGAGACUCUGAGUGAAGACAGGAUCCAGUUUCUUGUGUAUCAGAUGCUGAAGGGGCUGAAGUACAUCCAUGCGGCUGGCGUCAUCCAUAGAGACUUGAAGCCUGGCAACCUUGCUGUGAAUGAAGACUGUGAGCUGAAGAUCCUAGACUUUGGCCUUGCCCGACAGGCAGACAGUGAGAUGACAGGGUAUGUGGUGACCCGGUGGUACCGGGCCCCAGAGGUCAUCUUGAACUGGAUGCGCUACACACAGACAGUGGACAUUUGGUCUGUUGGCUGCAUCAUGGCAGAGAUGAUUACUGGAAAAAUUCUUUUCAAAGGCAAUGACCACCUGGACCAGCUGAAGGAGAUUAUGAAGGUCACGGGGACACCCCCUUCUGAGUUUGUACAGAAGCUCCAGAGUGCUGAGGCCAAGAACUACAUGGAAGGCCUCCCUGAGCUGGAAAAGAAGGAUUUUGCAUCUGUUCUAACCAACGCAAGCCCUCAGGCUGUGAACCUCCUGGAAAAGAUGUUGGUGCUGGAUGCAGAACAGCGGGUGACAGCAGCUGAGGCCUUGGCCCAUCCAUACUUUGAGUCCCUUCGGGACACUGAGGAUGAACCCAAGGCCCAGAAAUACGAUGACUCCUUUGAUGACGUAGACCGCACCCUUGAGGAAUGGAAGCGUGUUACGUACAAGGAAGUGCUCAGCUUCAAGCCUCCCAGGCAGCUAGGAGCCCGAGUUCCAAAGGAGACGGCUCUAUGAAGACCUCUGGGUAUCCUAAGGAGCCUGGCUGGGAGCUUCCCAGGCACCUUGGAUUCCCUCCCCUGGAAGAAUCCCAGUUUGCACUCCGACAGUGCCUAGGGCUUGAAUCCCAAGCGACUCACCUGCAGAGGCUGUGUAGACCCUUGAAUCAUGGACCCUCCACCUCCAAAGCUGCUCUUCAGAUUUCAAGUGCCUCAGAUGACCCUGGCAGAACAUCAGUGCUUUCUGUCCAAGACCCUUACCCAACAUGGGACUAGCCUUUGAAUUCUGGGGUUGUGCUCCCUUCACCAGUGUGCACCCAAGAGCCUCAGAGCUGGCAGAACUUGGGAGACAGGUGCUAGUCCUUGAGCUUGCACGCUCUGGACAGUGCCAAGGCCAACUUCUGAGAUGGAAGGAGAUAGAGGUUUGGGGGGCACUGACUCAGGGACAUCAUCUCUCCUGGGUGGACUUUCUUACACCAUUAGCCUGGAGUGUAAACCAGCCAUUUGGUGUGCUUAAGUGGCUGGGGGGCAAAUAAACCCUUUUGUAGACCUCCCAUUCUGGUUGUGUGGCCCGAUGCCUGAGCACCCAUCA